AUGCGACUAAUGGUGCGCCGGUCGAUGGUGAUUGCUUUAGUUACAGCCGCCGAGAAAUCGCCCUCCCCUCUUUCUCUGUUCGCGAAUCGAGCGGUCUCUAAUCGCCGGCAUCAGCCGCUGCCGAGUCACACCGGCGACCUCGCCCUUCUAGUCGCCGCAGACGCGCGCCCUCGCGAGCCCUCUUCGCCGACGAAAGUCAACCCCGCCGCGACGGCGAGGACGUGCCCAUUUUCCGGCGAGAGCCAGUGCACAGCCGAGAAGUUCCCGAGGACCGUCGUCCGGAACCAAACGCGACCAGCCGUGAGCAACCGCUGUUCAGCCGCCGUCGUUCGAGCGACCCUGUUCAGCCGGAGCCAUCCGUGGUACGUACGAGUGGCCGAGGUCUGCUUUGUUACUUGUAAUUUCCCGACGAGAGGUUGUGCGGGUAUGGUGUGGUGUAGUAACUGCGCCAAAGAUAUCAUUCGACCUGAUAGAGCCGAGGGCAAAAUAUGCUGUUCUCUUUGUGGAAGAGUUCUGGAUGAGGAUAAUUUUUCGGUGGAGCCGACAUUUGUAAAAGGUGCAGCUGGACAGAGCCAAUUGUCUGGAAAUUACGUGAGGACCAUUCAAAAUGAAUAUUCUGUUUCUCGUGAGAGGACCCUGAAUGAAGCGUAUGAUGGAAUAGAUGGUAUGAUGUAUGCACUUGGAAUUGAUGGUGGUGAUUCGAUAGCUCGGCCAGCUUUAGCCUUUUAUACGAUAGCACUUGAACGCAACUUCACUAGGGGUCGCAGGAAAGAGCAAGUGCAGGCCUCUUGCCUUUACAUUGCUUGUAGGGAGAACAAAAAGCCGUAUCUUCUUAUUGAUUUCUCAGAACAUCUAAGGAUAAAUGUUUAUGUGCUAGGGGCAGUAUUUUUGCAGCUUUGCAAACUCUUGAGCCUUGAAGAGCAUCCCAUUAUUCAAAAACCUGUGGAUCCUAGCCUUUUCAUCCACAGGUUUACUGAUCGUCUGUUUGGUGGCAGAAAACCAAGUGUCUCCAAAACUGCACUUCAGAUUGUUGCUAGCAUGAAGCGUGAUUGGAUGCAGACUGGGAGGAAACCAAGUGGACUAUGUGGAGCUGCUCUGUAUAUAUCUGCUCUCUCGCAUGGUCUCAAGUGUACAAAGUCUGAAAUUAUUAAAGUUGUGCACGUAUGUGAAGCAACUCUCGUGAAGCGGUUGAUUGAAUUUGAGAAUACUGAGUCAGGAGCCCUGACGAUUGAAGAGUUCAACAUGAAAGCAGAUGAGCUUGAGAAAGAAGAGAGGCUUAGUAAUACCCUCAAUGCCGGGUCAAAAGCAUCUGUGAUCAAGGAACUUCUCUGUGAGCACAAGGGUAGUGGGAAGCCUCCUUUUGCUCAUGGUCUCUGUGAAAAAUGCUAUGAAGAGUUUAUAAAACUGUCUGGAGGUCUUAAUGGCGGGUCAGAGCCUCCGGCUUUCCAACGUGCAGAGAUGGAAAGACUAAUGGCAAAGGAAGCUGCCAUCCAAAAAACUAAGACUUCGGAAUUUUCUGCGUUGGCAGAAAACAGGAGCAAAAAUGUAAAUGUAUUUUUUGAUUUUCUGCCAAUGCUUGUCCAUUCCCAAAUAUUUCCAGGAGCUUCUAACCAAGACGAAACCGUGGAUGAUUCUAGUAAAGAAAGACUCCAAAAAACCGAUGCUACCUUUGAUGAAUCAGAGAGUUUAUCUGACACUGAUGAUAUUGAGCUGGCCUCAUACCUUCUCAAUGAGAAGGAGAAGGAGUACAAGAAAACUAUCUGGGAGGAAAUGAACAAAGAAUACCUUGAGGAGCAGGCAGCUAAAGAAGCUGCAGCCUUGGCCGCUAAGAAAGCUUUUGAGGCAAAUUUGUCCAACUGCUCAGGAGAUGUAGAAGCUGCACAAAGGCUUGCUGCUGCAGCUGCAGAAGCUGUCGCAAAGUCAAAGAAGGAAAAACGACAGAAGCGUGCUGCCGAGUUGAAAAAUGCAGGCCCACCUCAAACCGCUCUCGAGGCAACUAGCCGAGUGCUUGAUAGAAAGAGGCUGAGUUCUAAAGUCAAAUAUGAUGUACUCGAAAAGCUUUUGGGUGAAACUGAGACGGAGACCCCAUUAAAGAAGAGCCGGACAGAAGAAGAAUUGGAUAAUGAUGACAAAUACACGAGUAAUGGCAAAGCCGAAUCUGAGAUCGACGACCUUCACGAUAUGUACUAUAGCUAA